AUGGACACCAACGAAGGGAGUACACCCCCAGUCACACUUGUACAAGGAGUUCCGCAAGGAGCAGUUCUCAGCCCGACACUCUUCAAUCUGCUCAUGUCGGAGCUCGCCAGCUUACUACCACCCAAAGUAAAAUAUACCAUGUAUGCCGACGACCUCUGCAUAUGGAGCAGUGGAAGACAGAUACAGGCGAUAGAAAACACACUUCAGUAUGCCCUAGUAACCAUCGCCAUCUUCCUUGAAGAAAGAGCCAUGGACCUCUCAACCAGCAAAACCGUCUACUUACCCUUUACAGGAAAGCGGCUGAAAAACUUUAAACUCACAGUGGCCGGAACCGAAAUAAGGCGGGUCACCAAGCACAAAUACCUGGGAGUCACCAUCAACAGGAAUACAACAUGGGGUGACCAAGUUAACCACCUGGAAAAAUCCACAAGAACCUACACAAACAUAAUGAAAAUCCUUGGCGGAUACCGAUGGGGUAACAACAAGGCUCUUCAAGCAAUGCACCGUGGCCUCAUCAGGCAAACAAUAGCCUACAGCAUCCCUUGUCUUCAAAACCUCUCUCCGUCUCAGGAUAACAGACUGCAACGUAUCCUAAGUCGCAGUCUACGCAUCUGCCUGGGACUUCCUAGAACUGUCAGAACGGAUAUAGUACUUGCCGAAGGAAGAGAGCCACCCAUCCAAACCCUUCGCAAACAAGAAACUGAGCGGCACCUUAUCCGUCUCCUCACAAGACACUACGGGCACCCCCUCAUCGACAAGAUAAAGCAACGCACCAAAUGUAGCAUCUAUAAGGCCAUCCGAUACAUUGACCGCAUCCUUCCUAAGCAUCGUGCAAAAAGACACUAUCAGGACACGGCCCCCUGGCUCCUACUCCCACCAAAGAUCUCCACUGAAGUACCAGGGAUUGACAAGAAAAACGAAACACCACAAGUGGCCCUAAAAGCACUAGCCAUGGCACAUAUUGAAGAAAACUACCCGGUAGCAAUGCAGGUGUAUACCGACGGUUCCACAUCGAAAAACAGAUCAUCCAGUGCUUUCGUAACCGACGGCAUAACAAAAGCGUACAGGUUGUCCCACAAGACAACAUCCACAGCAGCAGAGCAACAUGCAAUUUUGAAAGCUCUACGCCACAUCAGAAAAUCCCAAGCCGGGACAUGGGUAGUGUGCUCCGACUCCAGAGCGGCCCUCUACUCCAUCCAAAAGCAGGACCCACAAGACCGUAUUGUCUACAACAUCAUGAAGGCGCACAGCGAAGCCGAAGCCUUAGGACACAAUAUAUCACUCCAAUGGAUACCGUCUCACUGCGACAUCUCCGGAAAUGAAUGCGCAGACAGAGCUGCAAAGGAAGCCCCUAGCAAAAGUAGGAUAUCUGCAAUCCCCUUUACAAAGUCAGAUGCCAAGAGCCUUCUUCGUAAAAGUACAGAAAGAAGAUCGCGCACAAUUUGGAAACAAUCAAUGAGACCAAAGGACUACCUUGCAUUCAUCGACCCUGAAGCAGACAGCAUAAUUCCAAAUGGAAUUGAACGAUCAGUCAAAACAGCCAUACAUCGCACACGACUUGGAGCGCUGUACACAGGAACUACAAGGCGCCAGCUAAGGCUCUGCGACUCAGACCUUUGCAAACGAUGCAAAGUCCCAGAGGAUACACACCACAUAAUCAGGCACUGCCCAGAAUAUAGCCAAGCCAGACUUAAACUCCAACAGACUCUAGCGGCACUGGACAACAGGCCUUUCUCCUUUUGCAAGAUUACCGGAAGAUGGCCCACAAGGCACCAACAAUCCAAAGCACUGAAAGCGCUCUGCGUUUUCUUAAAAGACAGCGGGAUAAAAGACCGCUUCUAA